AAAAGGCCGCUCUUCCUUGCUUCCCCAUCCAGGUGAGAGAGGGAAGCCAUCGACACCACGCUGUCGUGCCGCAACGCCCCGACCUCACUUUUAGCCUAUAAUGAAAUCCACAUUCCUCACAAGAGCGGCGGCGGCGGCGGCGGCGGCGCUCCUCCUCCUCGCCCCGCUCGCCUCGGCGGCCCCACCACCACACCCGCGCCCGGAAGACCCCGUCGUCACGUACGACGGCCACCAAGUCUUCCGCGUCGCCAACGCCCCGCGCGCGCUCGAGGACGAGCUGGGCCGGCGGCGGCUCCACACCAUGCGCGCCGGCGGCGACCUCGAUGUGGUCGUGCCGCCCGACCAGGCCGCCGCCUUCUCGGCCGCCCGCCGCGGGCUCGACGCGCAGCUCCUGCACGCCGACCUGGGCGCGCUGAUCCGGCGCGAGAGCCGGCCGGGCCCUUAUGUCCGAGACGGUGGUUCCUCCCUCCACCGCCGCCGCGGGGAAGUCGGCGCCGCCCUCCCGGACAUGAGCUGGUUCGACUCGUACCACCCGUACGACGACCACCUGCAGUACUGGCGCGACCUGCAGGCCGCCUUCCCCAACAACUCGCGCAUAACCGAGCUCGACGGCAAGUCGCACGAGGGCCGCCCCCUGCACCUCUUCCAGAUGUGGGGGGACAACGGCCCCAGCCCGGUCGGGACCAAGCCCGUCGUCCUGUGGCACUCGACCGUCCACGCGCGCGAGUGGAUCACCACCAUGGUGGUCGAGUACCUCACCCACCAGCUCAUCUCGGGCUACAAGACGAACCAGCCGAACCCGACCCGCUUCCUGGACGAGUACGACUUCUACAUCGUGCCCUUCCACAACCCGGACGGAUUCGUCCACACCCAGACCACCAACCGCCUCUGGCGCAAGAACCGCCAGCCCCGCGAGGGCACGACCUGCGUCGGCACCGACAACAACCGCAACUGGGCCUUCCAGUGGGACCACCCGCUCGACGGCGGGUCCGUCUCGUCCGACCCCUGCGGCGAGACCUUCCGCGGCCGCGCCGGCGGCGACACGCCCGAGAACCGCGCCCUGGCCUCCCUCAGCGCCCGCCUGGCCGCCCGCCCGGCCGGCAUCCGGUCCUACGUCGACUGGCACAGCUACAGCCAGCUGAUCCUGCUGCCCUGGGGCUUCUCGUGCAGGCCCGAGGACCUGCCCGCCAACCUGCCCCGCCAGCGCGAGGUCGGCGCGGGCUACGCGGCCGCCAUCAACGCCACCACGGGCAUGCCCUACCAGGUCGGCCCCUCGUGCGAGGUGCUGUACUACUCGACCGGCUCCGGCCGCGACUACCACGCCGGCGCCCACAACGCCACCUUUUCCUGGAGCGUCGAGCUGCGGCCGCGCACCGCCGCCGAGGGCGGCUUUGUGCUGCAGCCCGAGUUCAUCCGGCCGACGGCUGAGGAGCACUGGGCGGGGAUGCAGUGGGUGUUGAACGACAUAUUGGAGGACUAACCGUCAUGUUUAACGGGUGGCUAGGUGCUGCAAAACAUUUAAUACGAAUUAGCCCAUGUGCGGUUUAGAACGGGCUGGCUCAAAGUCCAGCAUGAUGCUUAACUGGAUUCCAAAAGCUAUCAAGCUACCAACUGUGGUCAUUUUAGUCUAAUGCAAGACACGCACACGCUUCCUUUGCCUGAGAAUAACCUGACCCACACCCGUUACCGUAUUAUCAAAAUCCUUGUUUGCAGAAAAUCAUGACAGAACCAGA